AUGGAGGGGGAGGGCAGCGGUGGCGAGUCCAACCCGCAAGCUAGGGAGGUGGUUCUGAUCUCCGCGGGAGCCAGCCAUUCCGUCGCUCUCCUCUGUAUUGAUCGUCACACCUGAUCCACUGCCUACAUCUGCUUCUAUGUUUUAGCUGUUCAUUUUUGCUCGUAUGUUUUGCCUCCACGCGCCGUCGUCAGUGAGGUUCUAGCUUUCUCAAUUGGCCGGCAGCUGUAGCCUUACAUUUCUUGCUCCUGAGAUCACUCAUGGAGUGGCAGCAUGCGUUCUUGCUGGAGUGAAUGCUUCUCGUCGAUUCUCUCUCUAGGAUAUCUUUACUGUUCGCGACAGAAUUUUGGAACCCAGGCCCACCGCUUCUUUCUGUCUUUUUCCCUUCUGAACAGACUAAUGCAGGCUGAUCCUUGCGUUUCCUCCCUUUCUUCUCUUUCUAGUGUUUUUCGGUGGCCUUUGUUAUUCUUUUGAUUCUUCAGCGCCAUCGGGGAUCAUCUUUGCAUGAUAAACAGGCUACCGAUACAGAGGCCGAAGAACUACCGACAACGGAUCAAGAACAUAAAAGCCCAUAUCCCCACUUCUUUUCCUCAGCCCAAUCCCAAAGCUUCGUUUAGGGUUGGAAUUCAACAUUGGGUUCCUUCAUGGACUGAUAUUCCAUCUCUAGUGGCGCCUUUAGGUGUCUGAUGAUUAGGUUCGCAGAGCCUUCAGCAUACAUUCACCUUUAGUCUAAACCAGUGUUGCUAUCAUCUCGGGGGCACAUUAGUGCAUCUUGAUCACUUUUAUGUCAACUUUGCCCUAAUUUUGGGGAGAAUUUUGUUCUGAUAAACUGAAUGUGACCCGUGUGAUGUGGAAAUAUGCACCGAAGGGUACGUCACGAGACAAAUACCUAAGUUUAGCCAUGCCUAAAUACCUAAAUGCACACUUUAUUUAUUUAGUCCCUUAGCUUUGAUUGUCCUCUUAAUUCCUUGGAGAAGUGAUACUAUCUUCCUUCGUUUGGUGGGUUUACAUAAGUUGAGCAAUAUUAGUUGAUGAAAACUUUCAGGAACUCUUUGAAACAAUUGUGUUUUGCUGAAGUGUCCAAUAAGAUUCAUCGGUCAGCUUUUUUUCCAACACUACUCUCUCUUCUCUCUCAUCAAAACAAAUUACACUAGAGCCGCUUAUUUAUGGGGGUUUAGCUUACAGAUCUUAGAGUCUAUCAUGUUCUCAAUACCAUGCAUUUAGCUGAGCAGAGUGUGCUAGUUCUUUCUAUAAGUGAAUUUAAUAUUAGCUAGUUUUACCUGUAAACUUUUUUCACUCUUAUAGAGUUGUCGAACCUCCUCAACAAUGCAUUUUAUGCUGACGUUCACAUGAUCCUUAUAUUUUACAGCCGGCAAGAUCAUCUGCUCUUGGGGACGGGGUGAGGAUGGACAGUUAGGGCAUGGAGAUGCUGGAGACAGACUUCUGCCAACAGUAAUAGGUGCACUGGUUGGCCAAGAUAUAGUCUCUGUCACUUGUGGGGCUGAUCACACAACUGCAUAUUCUGAAUCUGGCUUGCAGCUCUAUAGUUGGGGAUGGUCUGCUCCAUAUCUAUAAUAUGGUUUUUUUACCAUGAAAGUUAACUCCUUGGUUUUUCUUGGAAAUGUGGCUUUCCUCUUCUUUUCUUAUGCAUAUCACCUGCUGAUUUCCUGAUUUUAGUGAUGCUCUUUUGAUUAAAGGAACUUUUACUUGUUGAGCAUAAUGGCAAACAAAUAGUCAGUUAUGGCUGUAACUUAUCUAUGAUUGACCUGUGACUCCUUCCCCUUUUGUUCAUAGAAACGACGUUUUACAUAUCAAACUUUUAUGUCACCUAUUACUGUUCAGAAUGGCAGUUCACCCCCCCUCCCCGGCAUUCAAGAUCCUCUUUAACUAGGUUUUUCUGCUUUUCUUUCCCAAGAAGGUUGAUGAAAGAAGAAUCUGCCUCCUGCCCCUUCAAUAAAAUGGAGGGGGGUAGAGGGAGAGGUAAGAGUUAGAGAGAGAGGGUGAGUAAUUGAUUAGUUUGUCUUUGAAACUUAGUGUACGCUGGAUAUUAUUAAUAGUUUCAUUUGAUGGAAUAUCAGGAAAUAAAGCCUACUUUAUUCCAUGGUUUGUGAUUUUCCCCUUAAACUCAGCAAAAUAAGAAGGUUUUUCUGUAUCUGUAUAUAUAUAUAUCAUUGCGUUGCAGAAUUCCUUUUUUCUUUCCUGUUUGAAAUUUUUCAGUAUCAAUCGACUCGGUUCCCUUCAUGAAAUGAGCACAUAGGCUAAAUGGAUAUUUAGUCCAUAACCCCUUCAUGAAAUCAGCGGAUAGGCUUAAUGUGGCAGCAGUUACAGAACUGCCGUCCCCUGCUUUUUCCUCUUUAAUAUUUGUCACACAGAUGACCAAAAAAAACUUUUUUAUUUUAUUUUAAAGAGUAUUUUACAUCGAAUCUGAUCUCCAAAAGCAUUUCCACUUGUCACAUCAGACGUUAAUUCAUAGACUUAUGUACGCUUGCAUUCUCGUUGUCAUGAAGGGGUGACUUUGGAAGAUUAGGCCAUGGCAAUUCUAGUGAUGUUUUUAGUCCUCAGCCAGUCAAAGCAUUGCAAGGUAUCAAGAUCAAACAAAUCGCAUGUGGAGAUAGUCAUUGUGUUGCUGUAACUAUGGAAGGAAAAGUGCAGAGGUAUUAACAAAUUCCUUUUAUUUGUGUGGAGUGGUGAUAAUUACUUUUCUGUAAGAUUUCUCCUAUAAUGGUUAUUUUUUCUUACCCUACUAUCAUGUCAAAUAAGUACAUCCAAGUCUGCUCAUGUACAAUGCUCUUUCCUGAACAGUGCUUUAUUAUGUCUGUAAACUGUUAUAUGUAUAACUAAAGCAUGAGUAUAGAAGAGGCUGCUGACGGUUUUCGUUAAGUCACUGCUUGACUGAUUCGUAUCACUGGAAAUGUUGUUUUAUAUAUAGAGGCUUUCAUGCUACGAUCUAUAUACUGUGAAAGUGAUUAAAACUUUCAUAGUAUCUAUCACUGGAAAUGUUCAAUUCUUUAAUUCCUUUCCGCAGCCAAACAAAUCGCAUUCCUCAAUAUAUACUGUGAGUUUAAUUUUAGGCCCUUGGGAAGAUACGAUCCAGAGGCAUAAAAUGCUAACCGAAAAUAUCACCAACAAAAUGAGGUUCGACUCGGUUUUUGGAUUAAUUCUAUUUAGAAAAAAAUAUUUUAAAUACGAGUCAGAGCUGUCUAGUUCCUGGUAGCAAGCGAACCACAAUCAUCCGUGCCUGUUUUCUACUUUUCUGGUUUUUAUACAGUAUUGAAGUAAUCAACCACGAGCUAUGGAGCCUGUUUGGGAACUUACGAAAAGCUUUGUUGAGAUCCAAGAGAAAAAUGUUGCUAGGAAUGUAAUGGGCAUAAAAAUAGCUUCUCAAUGUAGUACUUCCAUUUAAAAUUCUGGGAAUUAUUUUUUUUUAACAUAGGGUAUCCAAUGUAGAUUUACAUGUCAUGCUACGAAUGUUGGGUGCGAAGAAAAUCUAAGACCUAACAUAGAUCUAUAAAUUAUCUUAUAAAUUUGACAUGAAGGAAAUCAAAGGUAGUUAGGUACUCACAUCGAUUUGUGCAAGAAUCUAGUACAUGUGCUGUUCUGGUUUGGUCUCUAUUCUUUUCACAAAGGCUGCACUGGACGGCCCGUAUAUUACCGUAUACUUUUUAUCUUGUGCAGUUAUUGGAAUGGAGACAAAAUUGACUUCAAAAUAUUUUGUGGGAUUCUAAAAUAUACAGUUCUUUAACCUCAGUCUGAGGAUCCAAGCCAAGAAAGAGUAAUAACCCAACUUGACAAAAGUAGAAACAAUAAAAACAUUCUGGGAACGUCAUUCGUGAGGAUUUGUUUCUUGAAUAUUGUUGUGAUUCUGGCUCCAAUAGGUGGAAAACUAACACUGGACUCCUGGUUUAUGAGACUGUUUCGAAAUCUUAGAGCCAAAAUGAUGAUAUAGGGGUUUCAAAAACAGUGUCUACUCUGCGAAAAUGCUUGAUUUUCUUCAUAUCCCAAUUGCUAGUUUCACUUGUAGCCUCGCUUGAAUCCUAUGAGGUUUAGUGUUUUGAAGAUUCAAACACAGUCAAAUAAUACGCUCAUCAUAAUGAUGCAAUGCUCUAAAUAUUGUAUGGAAAAUAUUGGAUGAUGGCAUGUUUCUAACCGGGGAUUGGCUAAUAUUAGUCCUAGUCAGUUUUUAAUGAACAUGCGUAAUUGUUCGUCUUUGAAUUCAUCCAAAUUUCAGGUGUCCAUAAUGAAGACAGAAUGCUCAGGCAUAUGAACCUGUAGCUUUAAUCGAAACAACCAAAUUGAUUGACAAACAUGAACCGAAUUAACCCAUUUUUUUAUUGUUUUGAAGGUCAUUUUGCUAAAUGAUUCGAAGACUAGUGAUACUUUUCACUUGUUGCAUCCAAGAAACUUCUUUUACUAUAUUAUUCUUGUGUUCUUUUUAGUAUUUGUGGAAACUAUCUCAUUUUUUGGUAAAUUUUAUCAUUGCUAUCAUUUUCCAUUGAAGUUGGGGGAGAAAUCAGAAUGGGCAACUUGGUCUGGGCACCACUGAAGACUCACUUCUACCACAAAAGAUUCAAGCAUUCGAGGUAUCCUAUACAGAUCUUCGUGCAUGAUUGAUGUACGUAUAUUGUAUGACUUUUGAAUGUAUGAAUCGUGUCAAUGGGAUAACCGGUUGCAUUACAAAACGAAUUUACAUCGUAUAAUUCCUGAAUGUCUGUGUAUUCCAAGGCUGUAUGAUGAAUAACAUGAGUUAUGAUUCUCUACACACUCUUACUUUCGUCUUUUUUUCAGGGGAUAUUUGUCAAAAUGGUGGCAGCUGGUGCUGAACAUACAGCUGCAGUCACAGAAGAUGGUGACUUGUAUGGCUGGGGUUGGGGUCGGUACGGCAAUCUGGGUUUGGGUGACAGAAACGACCGCUUAAUUCCGGAAAAAGUCUCUGCUGUGGACGUAUGUCGGUGCUACAAAAUAUUUUCCUUUGCAUUAUUUAUUUAAAAUUUUGGGCUUGAACCUGAUCAUCUGUGCCUGUCAACUAUUGGUGGACAUCUUCGUUACUGAUCCAGUUGCUUACAAAUUUGAAUAAAGCAUAGGUACCUGGCAUGCGUAGAACUCAUUUUGUGAAAAAAAAUGAACCUAUUUCUUUUUCGCCUUCAAGAAGGCUAUGAUCAUAGAUCCUGCGGAAGUUAUGGCUCCAAUCCUGAGGUUCAAUGAACCUUCUGAUGAUCAGCCAUCCGUAGGAUGUUCGUCUUCCUCCAGAGAGCAGCGUUUCAACUUUUUUCUCCUUCACAUGCAUGACGCCCGCUCUUGAUUAUCUUUUAUUCCUAAAAUGGCUCUAUUAAGUGGCUCAUUAUGGAACUUUAAUGGUUUUGGUAUCUUGGUAGUUUUUAACGUAACCUUUACCUUAGUUAUCUGAUUUUCCAGUUACCAUGCUCUCUGCAAUCAUUAUGGCUUGAACUUGAUUGCUGCCUGUAUAUUUCUGCAGGGGCAAAAGAUGAUUUUAGUUGCUUGUGGGUGGCGUCACACGAUAACGGUUUCCUCUUCCAGCAAUCUGUACACAUAUGGAUGGAGCAAAUAUGGUCAACUGGGGCACGGGGAUUUUGAAGAUUUUCUUGUUCCACAUCGGUUGGAAGCCCUUUGCGAUAAAUCCAUCACACAGGUCCCAGGCUAACUAUUAUUAUUAUUAUUAUUAUUAUUAUUAUUAUUAUUAUUAUUAUUAUUACUAUUAUUUGCAAAAGAUAAUGUCAUGGUCAUUUUUCUGCUCUUAUGCCAUUGCAUUUCUUCCGGAGAGUUUUUUAAUCUUAAGUGAAUGCAUCGUAUUGUUUGUGGCAGCAAAGUUGGUGAAUGUUCACCAAUUAAAGUCCAUAUUGUUCGCUGAAUGGCUCCUUUGUAACCUGGUCAUUGGAUAAUUUGGUUUUAGCCGAGUAUUUGUUUUUCAAAUUCGUUUCCGGAAGAAGCUUAAUUCGAACUUCAUUUUCUUCAUACUAAACUUUUUUAAGUAUAAUUGACAAGCUGUGAUUUGGUAUACUGCUAAAAUGUUGUGUGAAGUAGCAUCAUUGUGCAGACCUUGAUUAAUAUAAGUCAGUUCCUUGCUGUUUGGAAGGAUGCUUAAGAUAUUCGUUUGAUACUUUCAGAUAUCAGGUGGAUGGAGGCACUCUAUGGCACUUACAUCUGACGGAGAACUUUAUGGGUGGGGAUGGAAUAAGGUAAAGAUUCUUGUUUCUCGAAUUAUUUUUUAACUGAAGAGAUUCGCUGGAUGAAGUAAUCUAGUGCACCCGCGCUCGCCCAUUGGCUGUGAUCUGCUGCAAAAGUUCCAUCUUUGCCUCAGAUGGACUAGAAAAAUCCCUCGGCUUGUAAAUCUCUCCUGAUUGGGUCAGUGUGGAUCAUCUUGGUUGCUGCAGAAUGUCUUCCUGGGGUCUGAGUGUCUGACUAUUUUCUGAAAUUAGAUUAAGAACACUGAUAGAACACUAAAUUGUUGCCUUGACUCGUGUCAUUAGCAUAGCUCCAAUGAAGUUAUACGUAUAUAGCAAUGAAGUAUGCUCACACUCCAAUGAAGAUUUAUUUUUUUUACAGAAUAUUUAUUUUUGCUGCUAAUGGAAUAUUUUUUAUUUUGAUUUCCAGUUUGGACAAGUUGGUGUUGGUGAUAACGUUGACCAUUGCUCUCCAGUGCAAGUCAAAUUUCCCGAGGAACAGGCAAUUGCAUUUUUACUUAGCUUCUUAUUUUUGGAGUAUCACAAAUUAGAAUGUGAUUCCGAUACGAUAAUUUUUCUUUUGGUUGUAUAUUCAUUUUUCCAUUUGGAAAACCUCUUCGUAAGAAUCGCAUCCAUUUCAACAGAAAGUAGCUCAAAUCUCCUGCGGAUGGAGGCACACUCUUGCAGUCACAGAAAGGAAAAAUAUUUUCUCAUGGGGGAGAGGCACGAGUGGACAGUUGGGCCAUGGGAACACCAUCGACUGGUAAGUCCUCGUGAAGACUCUGGAUCAUGAUCUCGCAGCUAUGAACUUUUGAUUAAUUUAUUAUAGAACCCGGACUUGAUUUUCUACCAGAUCAUGAUUCUCUCAUAAUUCCUACUGAUACAUUUCAAAAUUGCUAUGAAAUGGUUGCAUUCUUCAUCACAAUAUCAUAUAAGCGAUUACUCUGAUAGAUCUGAUGAGCAUCUAUCAGAAGCUGCAUCUAAUUUAAUUAGCCUUUGGGUGAGAUUUUCUUGUGAGCAACGUGGGAAGUUCCUAUUUGGAUGGAUUACACAGCUGUUCUUCUAUAUGGCGGGUAGCUGAGUGUAGUUUUCUUAUGUACGUUCAGCAAUACUCCCAAGAUCAUUGAGAUCUUAAGCAAGGAUGGCAAUGCCUGCAAGCAGAUGGAAUCCUCAACCACGGAGCCAAUAUCAGGUGUUCACAACCCCAGAUAAGACGUAGCUAUUAAAUGUUCUUCAUCAUCGUUUUGCUUACCGUGCUGGUACCUGGCCGCAGGCAAAGUCUGGGUUUCGCCAUCAGAACGCUACGCGAUUGUUCCCGACGAAACUGUGAGUCCAGCGACACCUCUCUUCAGCAUUAUGUUACUCUAAUUAGCCCUCGUUCGCUCUGUUUGUUUCUCUAAACGUUUCCUGUGUGUACUGUCAGUCACAUUGGGUGGUGUUUUGAGAGAGAUGGAGAUGGAGAAACUGAGGGAUGUCAGUCACAUUCUGUGCAGGUUCCCGGUCAACAUAGCGGGUUGCCGAGAGGCAACGGCAACGACGUCAACGUCCCGGAUGUCAAGCGCGUGCGUACCUGA